GCUGAGUCAUUACAGUCCUUCCUGCAGGAAGGAAAUAGCAUGAAAACAUCAAGAACUGCUCUCACAACAGGACAAAAACAUAUUCCAGGCUGACAAAAGGGAAACCAGGACAUUGAAACAGGUGAAGUAUGUCUGCUGGAAACAAAGAGAGACAGCAAAACACAGCAUGUCCAGGAGCAGCAGCUGUUUAUUUCUCCAACCCUUUGAUGAGUGACGUUGAAGCCGACUGGUCUCCGAUUCACGAUGCAGCCUUCAAUGGAAGCCUUCUGCGUCUGCAAACACUCAUCGCUCAGGGAAUAUGUGUCAAUCUAAACACACUGGACCAAGUCUCUCCCCUUCAUGGAGCAUGCCUGCAAGGCCACACAAACUGUGCCAAGCUUCUGGUGGAAAAUGGAGCAAAUGUUAACAACACAACUGUGGACGGACACACUGCGUUAACAGAAGCUUGUGCCAGGGGCCAUGUGACCUGCGUCUCUCUGCUUCUCCAGCAUGGAGCGACCCCCCGGGGCACCAGCCCGUCCAGUUCUCCAAUCCACUCGGCUGCAGCAAAGGGUCACCCUGGGUGCAUUGAAGCGCUUGUUCAGUACAGAGCAGAUGUGGAUCAGGAUAUUGAUUCAUUAGGGUCUCCUCUUCAUGUUGCGUGCUCCAAUCAGCAACUGAGCUCAGUGAAGAAACUCCUUCAGCUCGGUGCCGAUGCUAACAAGAGGACUUCUGGUGACUCCCCUCUGCACAUCGCUGCACGUCUGUCCAGCCCUGAGUUGGUUUCUGCCCUCCUCGACCACGGAGCAGACCGGCUCCUGGUGAACUCAGAGGGCAAGCGGCCUCUGGACCUGGUUUCUCCUGACAGCCCAGUGGGGCGACUGCUAAGAGAGACAGGAGCAGUGUCUCCUUUAAAGCAGCUGUGCCGGCUAUGCAUCAGGAAAACUGUGGGGAAGCACAGGCUGGGUGGGAUUCCUGACCUUCAUUUCCCCACAAAGCUGAUACAGUAUCUGCUCUACCAAUCAGAGCAGAGGGAUGCUCACAAACACUGAAAUCACCUCCAUCUUUCAACCCCAAACUCUGAGCCUUGUCACAUUCAGGCCAGCAGGGGGGGAACUUGCACAACCUGGCAGGAUAAUUCCACUAGUAGAGACUCAAGAUGAGUGUGAACUGAUUUAUUAUGUAAAUAGAGAAACUUCUUGUUGGAAGAUGCAUUUAUAAAAUAUUCAUUAGCAAUAACACACAUCAAAUGAAAAUAAAAUCAAAGCCCACAAACCUCUGAAAGAGUAACUUUAGCACAACAUAUAAAUCCUCAUUAAUGCUGCAUUUCUUUCCAUGUUGUAAAUCAAAGCUGAAUUUUAUAGACGUAUUAAAAUACAAGAGACAAAUGUUCCUAGUAAUUUAUUUUCCAGCUAAAAAAAAUAUCUAACAAUUAAAACAGAAUACACAGAAUACCUUAAAUAAAAGUUCCCAUGUCUCAGGUGGUUUCCUCUGAGUUGGAUAAAAAUGUAUUUAAAAUCUUGAAUGUUUUAUCUAUACGCAUUGCUGCUUGAAUUGAACUACUUGAAAGCAAUGUUUCCAAUUCUGUUCUCUUUUAGUUUGUAGUGCUUGUUUUUUCCAUUUUCAACCGUUAAUAAGAUGCGACUAGUUUUGCAAAGUAUCUCAAGAUGACCUUUGUUGUGAAUUGGAAUUAUGCAAAUAAACUGAAUUGAAAUCUAAUCUACUGCUGAUAAAAAAUAACGCCUUUGACACACAAAAUGCACCUUUGGCAUAGGUGCAACAGGUGCACACACCCCUGCAAUCAGAGUGUGUAAGGGUGAACACUGAUUACAUAAGGCAAUAGAAUAAUCUCGUUUUUGUUUCAUUGUAAAAAUGAAAGUGUUUAGGUUGUAUGUUUUUAGCUCACAAGAUAACGUACUACAGCAAAUCAAUAUACAAAACGACACAGAAAGCAGCUUUAAAAACAGGAUUGAGAUAGUACUGCGCACCUGCUAUUUUACUUUAUUCGGUGUGGCUCUUAGUAAUGGGAUUCAAUGAGUUAUUCUGGUAUCCAUGUUAUCUUAAUUUCCCAAAAUGCAGCAUUGUGGAGUUGUUGUCAUUUACUGUAAAAUACAAUGAAAUAACAAUAUCUUGAUUUGAUGAAGUCUUCUCUAGCUUGUAACAACAUCCUUCCUCAUACUCGAAAACACUGACCUCUGAUCAGAGUUUGUCAUAAUACCAGAGGGACUGAAAGUAGAAAGCAAGUUUAUAAUUUGACUGAAAGAAAACACCAAGGCUGAGCAGCAUAGCAGAUGUCACUGGGCUUUUUGGUCCUUCUUGAACUUUUUCACACUUUUGCAAUAUUAUAGCCACUAACUUAAGUUUUGUUGGCAUUUUGUACAAUAGACCAACAAUCAGAUCAAUUUCUGUCUCAAUACUAAGGUCUGAUCUCCAUCGGACCUGUAGAAUCAAGAAACUCUUCUAAAGAAAAUCCGGCAUGGAGUAGGCUAAAAGAUCUCAAAAGCAAGACACCAUGGCCUGAUCAAAAGAAUCUCUCAAACAGAUAGGAAACAAGUCACUGACAUCUAAAACUUAGUGAUUUCAGUGGUCGGAAAAGCACUGUACAAGUCCAGUCUAUUUUCUGUUUAUCAUUCAUCAGUCUGGAAGGAUUAAGCUCAGUGUUGAGAAUGUAGCAAUAAGGAACUCUAUGGGGGAAUUGUAAGAAAACAAAUGACUUCUGACCAAACAGAACGCAAAGGUCAAGCUUCAUAUCUCCUCCCCCCCCAAAAAAACAACAAAACAAAAAAAUCUUGAAAACUUUUGAGAAAACAUAAAGACGCAAAAUUAAUAGGAAAAAAGUGGAGCAUAAUGAAAUGUGUGUUCUGUUACAUCUGCUGUUUUACUAACAGCAUUUCAGAGAAGACUAUUUUAUUGGGAGUGAAACACGGUGGUUGUAGUGUGAUAGUCUGGGGUUGCUGUAACUGAUAGAAUCUGCUCUUAACCAGAAAAUCCAGGAGGAGGAUGAUCAGGCAGAAGUUGGUGACCUUAAACUCAAGCACAUUUGGGUCAUGCACCCUGGCAAUGAUCGGCAUGACAAGCUGGACUUGCUUUUUCACAUAUGAACCAGGGUUAUUAGGAUAGCCCUCAAAAAUUAAAGGCAUCUUUCAAAACUCUAUUUGAAUUUAUCUAGUUAAUUUUGUCUAAAAUUUACAUUUGCUUGAUUGGCUGAAAUGUGAAAUAAGUUUCACAGCAUUUUAUUAAUUUUGCUUUUUUAAAAUAAAAAUCUGGAGAAGUUGUGUAAACAACAACUUUUAACAUUUAUUACAUAUUCCCAACGGGAUUUAGAUCUAGAAUUUGAUUGGGCCAUUCAUAUUUGUUUGAUUUAAACCAUUUCCUUAUAUCUCUGGCUAUAUUUUAAGUGUUGAACCUUCUCUCAAAUCUCAGUUCUUAUAAAUCCUCUUAGUAAAUUUCUUCCAGCAUUUCUCUCUAUUUGGCUCCAUUUCUGACCAGCUUCCCAGUACUGCCAACGAAAAGCAUCCCCGCAGGAUGAUGCUGUCACUACUUUUUACAGUCAGAAUGGUGUAAUCAUGGUUUUGUUUUCGCCUGGACUCACUGCAGCACUUUCUCCUGCCACUGAAUGGCUUCUGGCAAACUGAAAAUGUGACUUCCUCUCAUACGUCCUCACGUAAAUUCAUCCUCUCACAAUUUGAAAUGAUGAAUUUAAUUAGGUUGUGUAUUGUAAGCAUUGAUCUAACCAGUUCAUUCACAGUGAUGUGUAUAGAGCUAGUUCCUCCAUGGAGAUUAACAUCGUCUACAUGGCGACCAAAGCGAAAGUCACUCAGCUGGCCCACGUCCUCCUAGUUUAAAUGCAGCUCUCAUUAAGUUUGUAUUGAUCCUUUUGUUCCAAUUUGCCAACCAAACUAAAUCAUCGCCUGCUUUCCAAAUGCAGCACAAGUGCCCAGGAGUCAGAAACACACUGUGGCAUGUUUCGAUUUUACUGGUUGUUUAAUGUAAAAAUCAAUUUCCGUGGAGAAGCCCCCUGACUCCUGCAGCUGCAGGGAAACACAUAUUGUAAACACGGCUCAGUAGUUAGUUGGAUCGUGACAAAUUGGUGAGAGGACUCUGUCAGGGAAUGGCGUUCACGUGUCCAUUUGAAGAACGAUCCACUUCAGUCAUGGUUGCAUUUCCGAUGGAGGGUGCUCCUCGUCCUCGCAGUGCAGCCUGAUGUUUUCCUACAUUUAGCCAGGUACGCCGCAGCACUCAGCUGCACUUAAAAUCAGCCUAUGUAUGUGUGAUACCAAAGCUUUUACUAGUAUUCUCCAGAGAAACACACUCCAUUAACCCCCCAUCCUUUUCCUUCCUUCCUGUUUCUCUAUAUACAGUGGCACUUUCUACCCCCAAACAAAUUUCCAAAUGGCCGUUUUCGUGAGGGAUUGAGGAGAAACUUGCACACGAAAGAGCAAGUUUGCAUCUAGUGAAAGCGUCUCUAUCAUACUUCCAUCUUUCUUUGACAAACUACAGGAGAACAAGAAUAUGAAGAUAAGGAAGCCGCUUGCAUACACAGAAACAACGGUGCUCACAGAGGCAUUCAUAUCCCAUCAAAUAUUUUGUAUUUUUGUAUUACAAACUUUAAUGCAUUUUAAUGAAAAUUUGUAGUCAUCCCACCUAAAUUAAUGCUUUGUAGAACCAGCUGUCACUUCUACUACAAGUUCUUUUGAGGGUGUUUCACACUAACUUCAUACAUAGAAACUGGAUAUUUUGUAUUUCUUUGCAAAAUAUCCCAACCUCAGUCAGACUGGAUGGAGAGCAUCAAUUUCAGCAUAAAUGUUUAAUUGCUGCCACUGAUUCUCCUGGCCUGGACUUUGCUUGGGGGAUUGUUCAAAUCACACUUUCAUCUAAAUCUUCUCCCUGUUGCCCCGGCUAUGGGGUUCUGGUAGUUGUGCUGCUGAAAAGUGAACUUGUGAAUCAGUCUUACAACCUGCUUCCACAUCCCUGUUAAACACAUUCCCAUAUCAUGAUGAAGCCUCCACCAUGUUUCACAGUGGGGAUAAUCAGGGUGGAGUGCAGUGUGCAGUUUUUCUCUACACAGAGAGUGUCCCUUAUGCUUGCAGUUACCCAUAAAUGGCUUAUAGAAAACUGCAAAUUCAAGUUGCUGUGACUUUCAUUCAACCAGGGCUUUGCUCUCGUCUCUUUCCAAAUUUUAAUUAAGGUUUGGAUCUUUACAGCUCCUAUGGAGUUACCACUGGUCUCUUGCCUGCUUUGCAAACAUUCUGCCCUCUUGCCCUUAAUCAAACCAAUUUAGGGAGGGGAGCAAAAGGGGCUAACUAUAACUGCACACCACACUUUUCGGAUUUUUAUGACUGACAAAGUUGAAAACCAAGCUGCAUUUCUUCCCACUUCACAGUUACACAACUUCAAGUUGUUCAAUUACAUAAAAUUCUAAUAAAUAAAUUGAUGUUUGUGGC